AUGUCCAAGCCACAAUUCCGCAUCCGCCCAGGCACCUCCGCCGACACGGCAGCCAUCGUCGACAUCUACAUGGCCGCCUUUGGCGACGAUUGGGCCGUUGAAAAAAUGCACCCCCGCCGCCGCGAGUUCCCCGACGACUGGCGCGCCGCCGCCCACCGCUUCUUUUACUCGCGCUACUGGGGUCCCGAGCAGCAGCUCUUCCACGUCCUCACCGUCCCGGAAGACAACCCGGACGCCUCAUCCCCCUCCUCCGGCGGCAGCGGUGGCGAGCGCAUCGCCGGAUUCAGCUGGUGGCGCCGUCCGUACCCCACCCCCGCCGAGAAAUCCGCCGCCGAAGGCCCCCUCACCCUCCGCGGCUGGCUGAAGCCGAUCCUCCUCGGCAUAAACGCCCUGGCGGGCUACCUCUGGCCACCGAGGUCCCUCGACCCGGCCAUGCUCACCCUCUUUGACGACACGCACAUGGCCUCGGACGUGCUCACGCAGGACCCGGCGUACCCGCGGCGCAAGACGGCGUGGUACCUCUCCACGCUGGCGGUGGCGCCCGAGUUUCAGGGAAAGGGGUUCGGGUCCCUGCUUGUCGGGGAGGGUCUGCGGCAGGUGGACGAGGAGGGCGUGCCGGCGUGGCUCAUUGGGCUUGUGGGGGUCGAGCCGUUUUAUGAGAGACUUGGGUUUGUUGUCAAGGGGCGGGCGAAUGUGGGGAGGCUUGCUGAGUGGGAUGGCGGGUCGAUCAUGUUUCGGGAGUAG